CUCCCGGCGGCUCAAGUUCUGCACAACUUCUCGCCGCUGCCCAGCGCGGUGGCCGCAGGGCCGGGCCAGCUAGCUGCGCUCCUCGGCUCGUCCGUCUCGAAUCCAGGGCAGGUCCUCGAAGAGCAUCUGGUGCCAAGUGGCCGCUGGCGGUCCCUCUCUGCGCCCCACCUCUCUGAUCGCCCCGGUCCCCUCGCGCGGGACGGUGGUGCCCAGGUUCUUGGCCCUUUCUCCUCCCCGGUGCGCUCGGCGCGGCGGAACCCUCCCCGCACCCCUCCUCUGCCAGCGCCUGGAAGCCAGCGGUGGGGACCCAGACUCCCCGAUGGUCAACGUGCGGCACCCUGGGCACUCCCGGGCCAUAUAAGCAGCUGUCCCGCAGAGGCCCCGUGGACAUGGAUGCCUUUUCCCGUACCUCCGUGUGACCGUCCCAACACGAAGCUGCUGAGGCCGUCUCUGGGGUGCCCGUGCCAGGAAAGCCAUGCCUUUCGGCCUGAAGCUCCGCAGGACCCGGCGCUACAACGUCCUGAGCAAGAACUGCUUUGUCACCCGGAUCCGCCUGCUGGACAGCAAUGUCAUCGAGUGCACGCUGUCGGUGGAAAGCACGGGGCAGGAGUGCCUGGAGGCCGUGGCCCAGAGGCUGGAGCUGCGGGAGACGCACUACUUCGGCCUUUGGUUUCUCAGCAAGAGUCAGCAGGCGAGAUGGGUGGAGCUGGAGAAGCCGCUGAAGAAACAUCUGGACAAAUUUGCUAACGAGCCUCUGCUUUUCUUCGGAGUCAUGUUCUAUGUGCCAAAUGUGUCCUGGCUUCAGCAGGAGGCCACGAGAUAUCAGUAUUACCUGCAAGUCAAAAAAGAUGUGCUUGAAGGGAGGUUACGGUGCUCAGUGGAACAGGUGAUCCGGCUGGCCGGCUUGGCUGUGCAAGCUGACUUUGGAGACUAUAACCAAUUUGAUUCCCAAGAAUUCCUCCGAGAAUAUGUGCUGUUUCCGAUGGAUUUGGCCCUGGAGGAGGCUGUUCUGGAGGAGCUGACCCAGAAGGUGGCCCAGGAGCACAAAGCCCACAGUGGGAUCCUGCCCGCAGAAGCCGAGCUGAUGUACAUCAAUGAAGUAGAACGUUUGGAUGGAUUUGGGCAGGAGAUCUUCCCGGUGAAGGACAACCAUGGCAACAGCGUGCAGCUCGGCAUUUUCUUCAUGGGCAUUUUCGUGAGGAACAGAAUCGGAAGACAGGCCGUGAUAUACAGGUGGAAUGACAUUGGGAGUGUCACCCAUAGCAAAGCAGCCAUCCUGCUGGAGCUGAUUGACAAGGAGGAGACAGCGCUCUUCCACACAGAUGAUAUCGAAAAUGCCAAGUACAUUUCUCGGUUAUUUACAAUACGGCACAAAUUUUACAAACAGAACAAGAUCUGCACCGAACAGUCAAAUUCUCCACCCCCGAUCAGACGCCGGCCUACCUGGAGCCGGUCCUCACUGCCGAGGCAGCAGCCGUACAUCCUGCCACCCAUGCACAUGCAGUGCGGAGAGCACUACUCCGAGACCCGCACCUCCCAAGACAGCAUUUUCCCUGGGAACGAAGAGGCCCUGUAUUGCAAUUCUCACAACAGCCUGGACUUAAAUUACCUAAAUGGUACGGUCACCAACGGCAGCGUGUGCAGCGUCCACAGCGUCAACUCGCUCAGCUGCUCGCAAAGCUUCAUCCAGGCUUCUCCGGUGUCCUCCAACCUCAGCAUCCCCGGAAGUGACAUCAUGAGGGCCGAUUACAUCCCCAGCCACCGUCACAGCACCAUCAUCGUGCCGUCUUACAGGCCGACCCCAGACUACGAGACCGUCAUGCGGCAGAUGAAGCGGGGGCUGAUGCACGCGGACAGCCAGAGCCGGUCUCUGCGCAACCUCAACAUCAUCAACAGCCACGCCUACAACCAGCCGGAGGAGCUGGUGUACAGCCAGCCGGAGAUGCGGGAGAGGCCUCCCUACACCUUCCCCUAUGCGCCCCAAGGGGCCUACGGUCACCAACUUGCCAGUCCAUCUGACCAGAUGAGCCCCCCAAAUUGUGCAAUGCCUAGCAAGCCAGGGGCCGGCUCCAUCUCCCACACAGUCAGCACCCCGGAACUGGCCAACAUGCAGCUCCAAGGAGCCCCAAACUACAGCACAGCCCACAUGCUGAAGAACUAUCUCUUCAGGCCACCCCCCCCUUACCCGAGGCCCCGUCCCGCCACCAGCACCCCAGACCUGGCCAGCCACCGCCACAAGUACGUCAGCGGCAGCAGCCCCGACCUGGUGACGCGGAAGGUGCAGCUGUCUGUGAAGACCUUCCAGGAGGACAGCUCUCCCGUGGUCCACCAGUCGCUGCAGGAGGUGAGCGAGCCCCUCACGGCCACCAAGCCCCACGGCCCGGUGAACAAACGCCACAGCCUGGAGGUGAUGAGCAGCAUGGUCCGGGGCAUGGAGGCCAUGACACUCAAGUCACUCAAUAUCCCCAUGGUGCGCCGCAACACGCUCCGGGAGCAGGGUCCCCCAGAGGAGGCGGCUGGCCACCAAGGGCACGGGCUGCCCCAGUACCACCACAAGAAGACGUUCUCAGAUGCCACCAUGCUGAUCCACAGCAGUGACAGCGAGGAGGAGGAGGAGGCCCCCGAGGCGAUUCCUCAGAUUCCUGUGCUCCGGGAGAAGGUGGAAUACAGCGCUCAGCUGCAGGCCGCCCUGGCCCGCAUCCCCAACAGGCCCCCGCCUGAGUACCCGGGGCCAAGGAAGAGCAUCAGUAACGGGGCGCUGAGGCAGGACCAGGGCACCCUUCUUCCUGCCGUGGCAAGGGCCAGGGUGCUGAGACACGGACCGGCCAAGGCCCUCAGCGUCUCCCGGGCUGAGCAGCUGGCUGUCAACGGAGCCUCUCUGGGCCCCUCCAUCUCUGAGCCUGACCUAACCAGCGUGAAGGAACGGGCCAAGAAAGAACCCGUGAAGGAAAGGCCCGUGUCAGAGAUGUUCUCGCUGGAGGACAGCAUUAUAGAGAGAGAGAUGAUGAUUAGGAAUCUCGAGAAGCAGAAGAUGUCGGGCCUGCAGGCCCAGAAGAGGCCUCUGAUGCUGGCAGCGCUGAACGGGCUCUCGGUGGCCCGAGUCCCGGGGCGGGAGGAUGGUCGACAUGAUGCCACCCGAGUCCCCAUAGACGAGCGGCUCAGAGCUCUGAAGAAGAAGCUGGAGGAGGGAAUGGUGUUCACAGAGUACGAGCAGAUCCCGAACAAAAAGGCCAACGGCAUCUUCAGCACCGCCGCUCUGCCGGAGAACGCUGAACGCAGCCGCAUCCGGGAAGUUGUCCCCUACGAGGAGAACCGAGUGGAGCUCAUCCCGACCAAAGAGAACAACACGGGCUACAUCAACGCCUCCCACAUCAAGGUGGUGGUUGGUGGAGCCGAAUGGCACUACAUUGCCACUCAGGGGCCCUUGCCACACACGUGCCAUGACUUCUGGCAGAUGGUGUGGGAACAGGGUGUGAACGUGAUUGCCAUGGUCACCGCGGAGGAGGAGGGUGGACGGACCAAGAGCCAUCGGUACUGGCCCAAACUGGGGUCCAAGCACAGCUCAGCCACCUAUGGCAAGUUCAAGGUCACCACAAAGUUCCGGACAGAUUCUGGGUGUUAUGCCACCACGGGCUUAAAGGUGAAGCACCUGCUGUCGGGGCAGGAGAGGACGGUGUGGCACCUGCAGUACACUGACUGGCCUCACCACGGCUGCCCGGAAGACGUCCAGGGCUUUCUGUCCUACUUGGAGGAGAUCCAGUCAGUCCGACGCCACACCAACAGUGUGCUGGAAGGCAUCAAGUCCAGGCACCCGCCCAUCGUGGUCCACUGCAGUGCAGGGGUGGGAAGGACGGGCGUCGUCAUCCUGUCGGAGCUGAUGAUCUACUGCCUGGAGCACAACGAGAAGGUGGAAGUGCCCACGAUGCUGAGGUUCCUCAGGGAGCAGAGGAUGUUCAUGAUCCAGACCAUUGCGCAGUACAAGUUCGUCUACCAAGUGCUCGUCCAGUUCCUGCAGAAUUCCAGGCUCAUUUGAUCCCCGGAUGCAGCUCCGCAGGAGGGACCCAGCUCUGUCGUGGAGGGGGCGCCACUUCCAGACAAGGUCUGCCUCCAGAGCUGGGAGUGGAUGGCGGCAGCAAGCGGGAGCCAGAGUUACUUACAGACAUCGUGUGUAUUAUUUUAUAUGAGAUAAUUUAUUUUUUCCCUCUUUGGAAUAACUUCUGUGAGUUAUUAUAACCCUUUUUUUUUUCACAAUAAUAUAGUGCUUCUCGUUUGAACCACACUUUGACUGAUCUGCAGUGUAAGCCUGCGGGAGGGAAGGUGGGGGCCCCACGGGGCGUGGUAGACACAGAGGCAUAAAGGAGCACAUCUCUAGUGAAGCUGAGACAAAUUAGUGAUGCCCCAGUCAAAAGUGGCAGGAGAAGGAAUUCAUCCUCUACUGGAGCUGAGAGAGGCAAGGCACCUAUGCGGUAGCAGCUUCCUCUCUACUUCCGCCCUCGUCCUCAGGGACUCUGUUCCUAAUCCUGGGGUGAAGGGUGGGGUCCGCUGGAGAGCACAGUGCCUUUAAGGGUGGCGAGGCUGGUUUUGGUAAAUGGGGGACGCUGCUGUCUUUGCAUUCGCUCCUUGUUCUGGGCCGGAAGUCUGCUGUGGUGAUGCGCUGCAGGCUGGGUGUCUGCCACUUUGUCUUGUGUACGUGGAACAUGGUGGCCGUGGGCCCGGCCGUCUGUGCAGCGCAGCCCCUUGCCUGAGGAGAUGGUAGACCAGGGUGGGAAUGGAGCUGGGUGGGGCCUGGGUGUGGAAUCUUAACUAAAUAAUGUUGAGUGUAGUGGAUGGAAACUUGGAGGAUGAGGUUUGGGGUACAUUUCGUUUUCCUGUCUGUUGCUAAGUUGUUAGAAGUAUCCUAAGGGAAACUGUUAAGGAAACACGUCUGGGAGCUGUCUGGCACUUAGUUGUAGGGCCCUGGUUAGGAGGUACACAUCUGGGGGGGCCACACACCUGGGGGCACACAUCUGUGUCCAACUCAACUGUGGGCCAUUUGGUUCUAGGCUUUAGCUGUCAAGGGCUGACUUGAUUCCUCUUAGGGCUUCAUUGUUGUCGUCCUGAGUCAGGGUUCCAGGCUGAUCUUGAACUUGAUGUGUAGCCAAGAGUGUGGCUCCCAGUCUCCCUGUCUCCACCUCUCAAGUGCUGGGAUUUCAGAUGUGAACCACUAACACACAGGCCAUACUCCCCUUGUGAUGAAUGCUGAGACUUUUGCCAAAUCUUCCAUUGCCUGCCUGCCUUUCAUUGUGCUGCCCGUUCUGGCCAUGGUGGCAUUAACCAUGCUCAGUUUGAAGCUCAGUUUCCUGCCUACGUCUCCUUUUUCCUGAGUAUGAUUUUCUAAUUGCAGUUCGUGGAAGUCAGGUCUUCUUCCACCAUUACAUUUUCCUGUUUUCCUGAGCUGAAAAGACCAAUCAGUGUGCCUUUGUGGCUUCUAUCCCCACAUACUAGAAGAUGCUUAUGACAGCAGAUUGCCCAUGGCUCUGGAAGAUGAGCCAGGCUGUCUGCCCUCUGGGCCAGGGUGGUGCUGAUGCUGACAUUGAUGAAGAGUCCGUAGGUGAGGGCUCCCACCCUCCCUCCCACGUGGUGCACUGUGACCCACGGGGUGUGCGUGUGCCUCAUAGGCCUGGUAUACUGGUGUAAAUUCUGACAGGUACUUUUGGGAAAUGGAAGAGACUAUUAAGAAAGAGGAAAGGCUCACUUCCUUGGCUGUCCUCACCAUGGGGCCCACUUCCAGUUUCUUUAUGUGAUGAAGAAUGCUGCUGCUCGCCUGUCUCUAGCCUUAGUUUGCUAGGAUGUCUCGCAGGGGCAGCGAGGAGACACGCUGCCCUUCUGAACUCCUCACUCAGGGCCCGUCUCUGCCUUACACUAGCAGAACGAGGUACAGGAAAGACACAUGUUUGAGAUCCAGUUCCUAGCCAACACGUGAUGAGACCCACAGGCAAACAUUUAAGUGUCCUGCAAAGGUAUUCCGUUCUUAAACACCCUUGCUUCUGGUUCAUCAGUACAUCCUUUUCCCUUCCGCAGUAAGUCCCCGUGGAUCUCUGGCUAAAUUAUCAGCAGGCAUUUCAUGUCCUUUCAGUAGUAUCUGCAUAACGAUUGUGCAGAGAUGCUUUCUGUCUGGGAAUUGAGCCAAGGAAUAAACCUUGAAGCAAAGUGUAUUAAAUUAGUUUUCCAGUUAGGCCUUUUGGAAAGGUUUCCUGACAAAGUGUUGGGACCAAAGUUGGAGUUGCCAGGGCCCAGUGCUGCGGCUUGGAUUUGAAGGGGGAGAGAAUUAAAACAGGAACCAGUAAGAGCCAUCCCAUCUCACAGCAGAGCAGUUCCCCAACCCUGGUCUUGAGGUUUUCAGUUGUACCCCAAAUUCUGUCUUUCACUCACUCAUUUGCAUAUGCUCACCUUUUCCUGGUUCAGGGUCUCUGCCUCCUGGCUGCUUAAGAUGGCGCCCUCAUCCUGAGGGUGAGAUGCUAGUGGCAAAGCCGAGGAGGGUCUGGCAGAGCUAUGGCUGGUCUUGUGGCACUAAGGUGGCUCCAGGUGGAGUAGGAAGCCCGGGGACCUGCCCAGGGGUCCUGCCCAUCGGCAUAAGCUCCUUCCCCAGGAGGAGUAGAGAAGAGAGCAUCUUUGGGAAGACGAGCGGCUUCCUCUGCUCACAUGGAGGUGAGCCGCAGAUUCCGGGGAGGCUGAGAGCACCUCACCUGUGCUGAGCUUUGAUUUAAUGCACAUACUUGGGGAGACCUGUGAGAAAGGGACAACUCACUGCUCUUUGGUUAGAAGCAACCUGCCCCCCCAACACACACACACACACACACACCCCAAAGUCUUGGGCUCUCUCAGCUACCUCCACCGCCUGGACAAAGGGUCCUUGUCAGGGCGUGGUCCGUAUGGGGACACAGCAAGCCAUAUCCUGCCCUCUUUUGGCUUUUGCUUUCAGCUACUGCCUCCCCCUUGCCAGCAUUUUCCUAUCUUUCAUAAGUUAAUGUAGAUUGCCCCAUGUUGAAUCUCUGGACGGAGUGGACAUACACCACUUAUUUCCUCCCCAAUUCAGUAAGGAUAUAACAACUCGUGCCUUUUCUGCAACUCACAGCCAGGGGACACAAAACUGUUCUUUGUGAUCUGCUGCCUAGCUGUGGUGGCCUUGCGUCUUGUUGGGCUGGGAGGCGCCCCUGAAUGCUGAUGGGUGUCUUGGCAGACAUGUUGUUGUGGGGUCUUUCUUCCCUGGGUGCUGGCAUCGUGUUACCUCAGGCCAGACGUUAUCCAUGAGCUGCAAACCUCUCCUCAGGCACCAGGUGCCCUGGGCCUACCAGUCCCUCCCGUUUCUAGUAGCCUGUCCAAUGGAGAAGGCAGGUUUAGUUAAGUGGUUUCUGUCUGGAGAAGAUGCGCCAGUGAUUGAGGUAGCAAGGGCAAGAAUACCAGGGUUUUCUAGAAUAAACUUCAGGGACACGGUUAGCUCAGACGCCUGUCUGUAACCAUUCAUUUCUUCUCAGUAUUAGGAAUGACCUGUCCACAGAGUGCCAAGUCACUGCCAUUGAGCGGCUUCCUCCUUUUACCAUAGAUUCUGCUGCAGUGUUUCUUGCCAGAGCUCUGGUCAGGCUGCCGUCAGGUUCCCAUAGGUGUCUUCCUGCCUGGUACUCCAGCUCACUCAGCUUCCGGUAGAGAGGUUUGGAUCUUCCUGAGAACUGCGCAUUCCCUGGUGGCUGAGCUUGGUGGCAGACUCUUUAGCUCUGGAGGGUGGAUAAGUCACAAAGAGCCUGCAGGGUUACUGCAGUCCGAGCAAGGAGGCAGAAUGGCGGGCCCUGGCCCACACCGCAGCUUCUGAGUCCUUGGCUGGCAAACUGCCUUCCUGGAUAGGCCUGCUGAAUGUAGUGUCCACUGGGGAAACAGGGUGUGCCCAGCCGCAUGCUGCCAACCCGGCUUGUCCAGAUGGCGGUUAUUCUAGGGAGCUCGGACGCUGGUCCAGUCUUCAGCCUUUCUUCCCUCUCCUCAGCUUUUGCGUUUCCAUCUGGGGAGGAGAGUGUUCUCACCCAGGGUUCGCGGCCCUAGUAGCCUUUGCAGCUUCAUUCGGUGCAUCGUCUUCCUCGGACGCUGCCUGACACGGUCUCCCUUCGGCUGUUCGUGAGCAGCAUUGCAGAGCGGCAGCCUUCAGUCUAACACAUGGAUGGUGUAUUGUUGUUUGGCAGUGAGUUCUUGCUGUCCAGAGCCGCGGUCAGCCUCCCCACUUUAGAGCUAAAUUAAAGGACACUGAGCUGCCAGGCAGGAGGGCCAGAGCAAAUGCCAGCGUAAAUGUGGUUAACUCUUGCGUGGAAAGUGACUCCUGCUAUACUCUUGCCGGCGGGACCAUCAUGUAUUAACAGAGCUUGUCCAAAGACACGGUGGGGAAGAGGUUAGAGCACUCCAGAAUUUCUUACCCAAAACUCAUUGUGCAUACCAGUCAGUUUGAACCCUGCAGUGCUGUCAGACUGGGAAACCAUGAUGUAACAGUCCAGGGAAGACCAUGGUCCAGUGUUGAGAUCUACUCCCCCUGGGCUCCUUGCCUGCUGCCUGCCAUGCGCUGGGACAUGUGUUCUCUGUCCCUGGACAGUGGCUUCGGGGACCCCUGUCCUGACACUGUGCGCCUGUGAGCAGAGAGCUCUGUCCUUACAUGCUAUUCCCAUGGAGAGUAUUCGCAGUCCCUGUGCAAGGCACUUGUGUUUAAAGUAUGCACACUGAGUUGUGCAGUGACUGAGCAUUCUUGUUGUGUGGGCUUGAGGUGACCCCCUCGGGAUGUCACUUUGUCUCCUCGGAACACCACCAAUUUCCCUUGCUCGCUCGCUUUCCAGAUCAGCUCUCUGACGCUCGCACUUCAUUUCCGCUGCCCUGUCCGCGAAGCCCCUAUACAAGUUGAAUCUGGCAAAGGAACAUGGUCUUAAGCUUCUCUACAGUGUCCCCAGAUCAAGAAAUGGGAUCUGGGAAGAUGAGUGACCAGAAUGAAAGUGGUAAAAGACGCCUCCUCAGGCCUUCUCCGUCCUGUCGCCACCUGGCAACAUGGUCCCUUAGUACAGAAGAAGAAAGAAGGGAAAAGCAAAACGAUAUUAGUACGAUUAGAAUACCCCUGGCAGCAGGGCUUCCUGUUUAUGUUGGGGUGCCCUUGGCAGGCUUUUUGGUGAAGGCACCAGCGUGGUAACCUGCAGCCUAGCCUAUUUCUGGCUUGCUAGACCGUUUGCUUCAUCUCUCUCCCUGCUGGCUGUCACCUGGUGAGACAGCCGCCCCGCAGAGCUUCCCCUGAGCCCCACAGGGUAUGCUGUGGUUGCAGUUAGUUCGUGAUAAACUAUCUGUGCAACCCCUCUUCCCUGUUUAAUUUUUCUUCCCCAACCUCUUCCUUAAGGGACACAGAUUCUGUCUCAGGUGGAAGGCUGAGAGGAGAUACAAUGAGCAUUUCAGAUGGGGUUUUUCCAUGCCUUGGGGUGGGGCCUCUCGCUAAAGCCUCAGGAAUGCUGCUUGAGUUUGGCCAGGUGGCCCAGGGCAGGCGCCUGGCGUUCUUGGCAUUUCUCUGGGGCCUCCUGCCCCCCUCAGUGCAGUGUUAGCUAAUAAAUACCUUCAGCAUUGAGCCGAAAGCUGUCCUUCACAGCCAUUUUAUUUACUCAAACGCUAUAAAAUUUUAUUGCAGUUCCUUGCCACUACUGGGAGUCCUAAAAUUCUUUCACCGCAUCCUUUCAGAUACAAGCUCACUCUUCAUUAGAGAUGGCUUCCCGUGUAUGCCCUCCGUCCGUCAGUGGUCAGCUGGCCUGGCUGAGGGUUCCCUGGGAGGCAGGUGGGGUUUACAUGUGCAGAUGACUAUUAAAAGUGUAACCUUUUGUGACUUGUUACCUACAUAACUGGCUAGUUUGUUUCACUCGUAUCACUCCUUCAUUCAGCAUUUUGAUGGUUUCUUUUGGUCAUUUCUAUCAGAUGUUGUGAAUUUUGGUUUCCUUCAAAAUAAUUGACAUUUUAUAGCUUUUAUUUUAUAUACACCCUGCCCUCAGAAACCAGCUUUCUUUAGGGCUCUGGGGUCGGCCCACAGGCCUCCACCAUGGCUAGAGCGCAGUGCUGUGUCAGAUGUGUUUGGCUUUUGUGGGCCAUCCUGGACCUAGCAGCCACUAUGGUGUAAGCUGUUAAAAAAAAAAAAAAA